UUUUCCCUAUAGCUUUGUAGGUAUUGCUAUUCAUUUUAGAGUUAUUUAAACGAGUGACUUCUGAAAAUGUCUGAAAAGUGUGCAGGUUGUGGCAAGACAGUCUAUUUCGCCGAGAAAAUAACAGCAAUCAAGAAAACUUGGCAUAAACCGUGUCUACGAUGCGAAAAAUGCAAGAAGACUUUACAACCUGGAAAACUAUCCGAGCAUGAUGACAAACCUUACUGCAACAUCCCGUGUUAUUCCGCUCUCUUCGGUCCCAAAGGUUAUGGACAUGGUGGAACUGAGAGUCACAGCUACGAAGCUGCUCCAAGGAAGUAAAACCAACCAAACCCAUCUAUACUGUAUAUCUUAGAACCCUCUAAGCUAAGCACGCUCCGUAUAACUCAACCCACAAAAUACACAACAGCAGUGAAAUACACACAACCUGUAAAGUUACAUUACCGCAAUUUUAAGAUAAAAAUGAAUCAAAAAAUGAAUAUUUUUCAAAAUUUAAACACCAUGUUAUUUUAAAAAAGGAAAUUGGUCAGAGCACUUAAAAAUUUAUGCUGCAUAUUUACAUUCAUGUAUCUGUAACAUUGCACGUUUUUUAUCUACCGAAUUAAAUGAGUUCUUGUUUGGUAUGCAAAUUAGAGAACUUCUCUCAAAAUUAUAUACUGUAUAAUUAGCAUGUGUUUACUAAAGUAUAUGAAUGUGUAUGUAUACCUAUGUAUAUACAACCAGCCAUGGUAAGGACUGAGUUCAUGUAUAUAUCAAGUCAAAAAUAUACCAGAAACGCACAAUACUAAACAUUUUGUUGUUUUGAGUAAGCUGGCCGAGGUUUGAACCUUCGCCUCCCAAAGAACGUCGUUGUUUUUGUCUCUGUGUUUCCAAUGGUAUUAACUGCAAACAAAGUUGUUGUUAACUCCACGAAAAUUGUUCCACGUCGUGUUGUACUUUGCUCCUGCACUUUGAACAGCAGCUGGGUGCGGCAGUAGUCAAUUACAAUGAAAAGGCUGCAAAGGUUAAAUAAAUAUUUAAUUAGAGUCCAAUUACGGAAAACGAAAGCACUCCCUUGGCAGUUUACUAAGAAACACGUGAAAUUAAUCAAACUUUUUACAAAUAUAAAUAAACCUUUCUUUGACAUUACAAGCACCGUCAAUAAAUAUUACUUUAAAAA